CCCAAAAAAAAGAAAAAAAAAAAAAAAAAAACCCUAGCGCGAAGAUGAGCACCACCAUCCACCGAAGCUCCAAGGCGGAGCGCCCCAAUCCCCACUCCCUCUUCUUCCGCGACCUCGCCUCCCCCAUCUCCGCCUCCCGCUCCUCCUACUCCUCCGCCGCCGCGGCGCGCUUCGCCACCCCCGGCCAAGCCGCCGCCGUAUCCGCCCUCCGCCGUGAGAGCUCUGCCGCCGCGCCCCCUCCGCCUCCCCCCGUCCUCUCCCUCGACGAUCGCCCCGACUUCUCCCCGGAGCCCCUCCCCCUCUCCGCCGCCGCCGCCGCCGCAGCCGAUCUCUCCCCCUCGCCCCCGCCCCCGCCCCCCGCGCGGAGCUACCUCUUCUCCACCCCGUCCCCUCUCCGGACGAGGCCCGACGAGGCGGCGGCGGCGAGCCCCAGGAGCGCGAGCUGGUGGUCGCCGGCGAGGAGCGGCGGCCCCUUCGGAAGCGGCGGCGGUGGAUCGGAUCGUGAGGAGAAGGGGAAGGCUGGCUCGCCGGUGGAGGGCGUGGUGCAGCCCGGGGCGCUCAUCAUGCUGCCGCCGCCGAGGGAGGUGGCGAGGCCGGAGAUCCAGCGCACCGCCUUGCCCGUGGGCGAGCUCGAUGAGGAAGAGUGGGUCACGGUUUAUGGAUUUUCCCCUGCUGAUACCAACUUGGUGCUCAGAGAAUUCGAAAAAUGCGGAGUAAUCUUGAGACACAUCCCCGGUUCAAGAGAUGCAAACUGGAUGCAUAUUCUGUACCAGAGCCGAUAUGAUGCUCAGAAAGCACUUGCGAAGCAUGCGCAGAAAUUAAACAGUGUUCUCAUUAUUGGGGUGAAGCCUAUUGAUCCAAGGCAGCGGCAAUAUUUGAAUGAGAGCCUCAACAACAACUAUACUGCAGGCUUUUUGGCUCCCGUGCCCUCACCUCCAACCAGUUCUGUAACCCGGAGUACCGCUGGACUGUUUCUCCGGCCUUAUCAAUUACAAAAUGGUGGUGCCGCCCCCCAUGAUGGCGCCCGCCCUUCUUCUGGAGCGAUUGCUUCUCCGGCAAAAUCGGUCCUGUCCAAAGUCAUGGACUUGAUGUUUGGCAUAUGAGUGAGGAUAAGCUCGUUCUUUUCUUUUUCGAAUAUGGGUCCCUUCUUUCCUGAAAAUUUAGUCUGUUUAGUUCCUUCAACCUCAGCAAGGAAGAGGGAUCUUCGCCAAGCAGUUAUUGACUAAUCUGUAUGCUUUCGAGGCAAUUAUGCAUGUAUGCUGCACUGUUUCUGGAGUUUCGAGUCAGGCAUUGUUGUGGGAGUUUCGUCUUCAUUUUGUAAUGUUGUAUGAGAAUCAAUUCUGUCGAGCGUAUACGUUGUUCCGGAUAAUUCUUUUUACAUCAAUAAUCGAUACAAAUCAUCACGAGUCACAUUUUUUUC